AUGGGCGAAGAAAGGAAGGACCUAGUGGCGGAGAUGGGGCGGGGUGAGGGCGCGCAGUUGCAGCGCGGGAGACGCGGAGUUACGCGAUCGUCCGCUGGUGCUCCGCCACCCACUCGAGCAGCCGCUUCUCGUCCCUGGCCCCUCACCCCUCGUCUCUGCAAGUACGAGAGGGAGGCGAGUCGCUACUGGGAUCUCUUCUACAAGCGCAACGGCGAGCGGGUGAGCGCGUGCCACGUGGUGCACAGUGCCUACCAUUGCCACUCCCCCCUCGCUCUGCUCUGCGUUGCUCAUUCCGUUUCAACUCCUCCACCCCACUCUCUUUUCCCCUUUCCCCCAUCUCCUCCCCGUCUCGCCGUCGCCCCGUGUCUCUGCGCGCAGUUCUUCAAGGACCGCCACUACCUGCACCACGAGUGGGCGCUCUUCCUCCGCGGGGAUGCGGGCACAGGGAGAGCGGCAGAGGCGGGGACAGAGGGGGGAAAAGAGGGGGGGGCAGAGGGAGGGGGAGGGGAGGCUAGGGCCGGGGAUGCAGGCGCAGGAGCGGGGAGCGCAGGGGGCGGUGGUGGGUGUGGCGGCGGCAGGGAGGGGUGCGUGUGCGAGCGGUGCGUUGCCAUCCGACGAGUGGUGCUGGAGGUGAGGCGAGUGGUGUUGAGUGGGAGGUGGGAGGUGGAGUGGGGCGUGGGGAGGGGGCCGUGCAGGGUGGGGUGCGGGGCGGGCAACACGGUGUUCCCGUUGCUUGCAGACGACCCGCACCUUUUCGCCCUCGCCUGCGACUUCUCUCCGCGCGCUGUUGCGCUCGUCACCGUGCGUUCAGGGGUGGAGAUGGGUGUACAUGGUGGGGGGAGGGGUGCAGCGGAUGGUGGAAAGGGGGAGGGCAGUGAGCACUACGACGCGCACAGGCUGAGAGCAUUCGUGGCGGACAUCACAGCGGACCCCCUCGCCACUGCCAUCGCAACCGCCACCGCCACCACCAGCAGUAGCAGCAGCAGCAGCAGUGGUGGUGGUGGUGGUGGUGCGUGCACGAGCUGUGUGCCGCAGUGCCCUGCAGUGUCUCCUCCAUCUCAAGUGGAUGUGGUUACCAUGGUGGGUGCCAUGUGGUUACCAUGGUGGGUGCCAUGUGGUUACCAUGGUGGGUGCCAUGUGGUUACCAUGGUGGGUGCCAUGUGGUUACCAUGGUGGGUGCCAUGUGGUUACCAUGGUGGGUGCCAUGUGGUUACCAUGGUGGUGCCAUGUGGUUACCAUGGUGGGUGCCAUGUGGUUACCAUGGUGGGUGCCAUGUGGUUACCAUGGUGGGUGCCAUGUGGUUACCAUGGUGGGUGCCAUGUGGUUACCAUGGUGGGUGCCAUGUGGUUACCAUGGUGGGUGCCAUGUGGUUACCAUGGUGGGUGCCAUGUGGUUACCAUGGUGGGUGCCAUGUGGUUACCAUGGUGGGUGCCAUGUGGUUACCAUGGUGGGUGCCAUGUGGUUACCAUGGUGGGUGCCAUGUGGUUACCAUGGUGGGUGCCAUGUGGUUACCAUGGUGGGUGCCAUGUGGUUACCAUGGUGGGUGCCAUGUGGUUACCAUGGUGGGUGCCAUGUGGUUACCAUGGUGGGUGCCAUGUGGUUACCAUGGUGGGUGCCAUGUGGUUACCAUGGUGGGUGCCAUGUGGUUACCAUGGUGGGUGCCAUGUGGUUACCAUGGUGGGUGCCAUGUGGUUACCAUGGUGGGUGCCAUGUGGUUACCAUGGUGGGUGCCAUGUGGUUACCAUGGUGGGUGCCAUGUGGUUACCAUGGUGGGUGCCAUGUGGUUACCAUGGUGGGUGCCAUGUGGUUACCAUGGUGGGUGCCAUGUGGUUACCAUGGUGGGUGCCAUGUGGUUACCAUGGUGGGUGCCAUGUCAAUGUGGUGCAAGGCUCCUCCCAUCAUGCCAUGGCAUGGCAUCACCCCACCUUCCAUCACCCCACCUUCCAUCACCCCACCUUCCAUCACCCCACCUUCCAUCACCCCACCUUCCAUCACCCCACCUUCCAUCACCCCACCUUCCAUCACCCCACCUUCCAUCACCCCACCUUCCAUCACCCCACCUUCCAUCACCCCACCUUCCAUCACCCCACCUUCCAUCACCCCACCUUCCAUCACCCCACCUUCCAUCAUCCCACCUUCCAUCACCCCACCUUCCAUCAUCCCACCUUCCAUCACCCCACCUUCCAUCACCCCACCUUCCAUCACCCCACCUUCCAUCAUCCCACCUUCCAUCACCCCACCUUCCAUCACCCCACCUUCCAUCACCCCACCUUCCAUCAUCCCACCUUCCAUCACCCCACCUUCCAUCAUCCCACCUUCCAUCACCCCACCUUCCAUCACCCCACCUUCCAUCACCCCACCUUCCAUCACCUCACCUUAACCUCCCUACUUCCCACCGCCACCCCACGGUCCGAACCCCAUGCGCAGGUGUUUGUGCUAUCUGCCAUUUCACCUGAGAAGAUGCCUCUCGCCGUCGCCAACUGUGUAUUGUCACUUGGUCCCCAUGUCGUGCGACCAUCCGCUGCAUCCCUCUAUCCCCCUGCCUCCAUCCUCCCCGCCACGCCACCGUGCCGUGCCCUACAGGAGCGGUUGAGGCGCAAGGAGCAGCGCAUCGCCGACAACUUCUAUGUGCGUGGCGAUGGCACCCGAGCGUACUAUUUCACAGAGGCGGCGCUGGGAGAGCUGUUUGCGGGGGCAGGCAUGCAGUGCGUGCACAUGGGCGUGUGUGAGCGCACCGUCACCAACCGCGCACGACAGAUCGACAUGCACAGGCGCUGGAUCCAAGCAGUCUUCCGCCUGCCCCCCGCUGCCACUGCCGCUCCCUCUGCUCCCUCUGCUCCCUCUGCUGCUUCUGCAACUGCUGCGGAGGAUGUUGGGGCAGGAGGGAUGAGCGACAGGGAAGGCGGCGAGGAGGAGAGAAGCGGAAGUGGGAGCAGUGUAGUGCAAGGCGAGGGCAGGGGCAGGGAAGGAGCUGGUGCCACGGAGAAGAGCGGCAGGGAGGAGGGCUGCAGGGAGGAGGGCGGCACGGGCGGCAGUGACAUCACAUGUGAGGUGGACUGCAGCGGCCUUUUCCUCUCUGACCCCCCUUUAGAGGUGCUUCUCUCUCCCUCCGCUCCCCUCUCUCAUCCCCUCCCUCCCUCCCCUCUCUCCUCCCCUCUCUCCUUUCCCUCUCUGCUUCGCCCUUUUCGCUCCUGUCCCUUUCCCUUCCCUCCUCUCCGCCUAUCUAACCCCACGAAAACGUCUCCCAACCCACCACCCAUUGCCCCCCAGGACCACGCCCUGUCCCUCGCGCACCUGCCACUGCGUGUGCGCCUGCUGUCCCGCGAGCACCAGCAUACGCACGGCAGCACGGGGCGGCUGCUGUGGGAGUCGUCUCAGGUGCUGGCAGCGCUGCUGCUCGCCCACCCCGCCCUCACCCACCACGCCUCCGUCCUCGAGCUCGGUGCGGGCGGCGCCGCGCUCUGCUCGCUCGCAGCCACUCACAGCACGCCACGUGUCAUUGUGGCGACAGAUGGGGACGAGAACGCUCUCAGCCUGCUGUCGGGGAAUCUGGAGCUGAAUGCGGGGAGCUUUGAGACGGGCAGGAUCAAGGUGUGCCGGCUGCGGUGGGGCGAUGAGGGUGACGAGGCAGCAGUGAGGCAGCUGCUGCCCUGUCAUGAUGUGAUUGGGGCGGAUGAGGGUCAUGUGCAGGAGGAGGGAGGGGCAACCACAGCCAGUACACAAGGGAGCCAUGCGCGCACAGCCCCUGUCGGAGGCAGCAGUAUGAAGGGAGACGAUACCGAGGCUGCUUAUACCGCAGCGCAGCAGGGGAGGGGGUUUGAUGUGAUCCUGGGAGCCGACGUGGUGUAUGUGCGUGCCGCUGUGCCGCUGCUCUUCCAGUCUGCCGCCCGCCUCUUAGCACGCUGGGACGGGAGCGGGCGCGUGCCGGUGCUACUGCUGUGCCACAUCACACGCCAGGUGCUCGAGCCUGAUGUGCUGGCUGCAGCGGCAGCAGCGGGGCUAGAGGUGGCGGAGGGAGAGGUAGCAGAGCGCAUUGGGGGGAGUGUGGAGAGGGCGAUGCAGGCAGCGGUGGGGACUGCGUUCCCUGGUGAAAGCAGAGAUGCCUCCCUCUUCCGCCUCCUCUGCUUCCGUGCUUCGAGAUUGUCUUGA